AAACAGGAAGCAAGACAUGGCAUCAGUGUUCGGCGGCGUAGAGGGUGGGGGGACACACUCCAAGGCGGUGCUGCUGGCAGCAGAUGGAAAGAUCCUGGCAGAGACAGAGGGACCGUCCACCAACCACUGGUUGGUAGGGGUGGACAAAUGUAUUGAAACCAUCAACGACAUGGUCCAGAGAGCCAAGAAGGAGGCAGGGCUGGAUCCAAACACGCCACUAUGCUCACUGGGCAUGUCUUUGAGUGGAGGGGAGCAGAAGGACGCCAUCGACAAACUGAUCGCUGACAUGAAGAAACGGUUCCCCACCCUCAGCCAGCACUACUUCAUCACCACUGAUGCAAUCGGGGCCAUGGCGACCGCCAGCGAUUGUGGAGGUGUAGUGUUGAUAUCAGGGACCGGCUCUAACUGCAAGUUAGUCAAUCCUGACGGCUCACAGAUCGGCUGUGGAGGCUGGGGGCACAUGAUGGGCGAUGAAGGAUCAGCAUUCUGGAUCGCUCAUUUGGCGGUGAAGACAGUGUUUGAUGCCAAAGACAAACUGGUGGCUCCUCCUCAUGACGUUACACAUGUCAGAAAGGCUAUGGAGGAAUACUUCCAGGUGUCAGAUUUGAUGGGCAUGCUGCCGCACCUGUACAGAAACUUCCAGAAAUCCCACUUUGCCGGUUUCUGUAAGAAGCUGGCUGAAGGUGCAGAAGCAGGGGAUGCUCUCUGUCGGUAUGUGUUCACUGAGGCAGGGAGAGUCCUGGCAAAACAUGUAGAAGCAGUCUUAGCUGCAGCACAAGAGCCACUACUGAGUAGUGACCUGGGCCUGCCCAUCCUGUGUGUGGGCUCUGUGUGGAAGAGCUGGGAGCUUCUGAAGCCAGGGUUCACCGAGGCCUUGGAUAAAGUGGCUUCAUCUGACAAGUUCAAGGGUCGCUUCAAUGGAUACAGCCUCCUGUUUUUGCGUCAGUCCUCAGCCCUCGGCGGCGCAAGUCUCGGUGCUCAGAGCAUUGGUGCUGCCUUAACUAUGGAUUACAAAGCAAACGCCAAAGUCUUCUGCCAACACACUUUUAACAGCAGCCAAUGAGAAUGCAGCUGCACAUUCCAUAGAUCCUAGCCAAUCAGGGUUCACCUGGAGAGAAACUGUUGGUCAUUAUGUCCAACUUACUAUAAGUAUGAUGAUUAUAAUGAUUGUGUAAUAACGGCAUGGCACUUGAUUUGGUCUCACAGGUAAAUAAGGGGGUUGGAAAUAUAAAGAAAAAGUACUCUUUUGACAAGUGCACUGACAUUACUUUCAUUGUACUGUAAUUGCAAAUUUUUGCACCUUUACAAUACUUGUUUACAUUUGACAUUUAUAAUAAAAAAGAAAAAAUUAGGUAUGUGAACAAUAUCUGAUUCCCAAGAUAAUUAAGGUUCCAUUUAAACUGUGAUAAUAAUAAAAAAGAAACUGAACGAAAAGCAACACUUUAUUCAUCUCUAGGCUUUCUACACUUGUGUUUUUUAAUUGCAGAUGGUGCUAUUACACCACUUUUCCACCUGUGACAAACACAUCACAGUGUCAGUUUCUUCAAUAGUAAUGUAAAAACUGAAAAUAAAACACUCAUUCAAAUGGAUCCACAUGUACUGAGAUAUUAAUGAUUCUAGAAGACAGCAUUCAUUCACAAUUAUUCCUGUUUUAUACUUUCUUUUUUAUACAUUUGUAAUUUGGGUAGGGCAACAUGGUGCGCAGUGAGUCAAAGGUGCGCCAAUUCCGUGGCCAGGCUCACUUUCUGAUAUCUGAAAGAGGACAUUAUCAUACAUUUUAUGUGGGCACUUUGCAUUCUGUUGCAAUCAUAGCCAAUCACAUUAAUAACUUUCAUCCUUGGCAUGGCUCUUCCCGUCAUGAUGCACUGACAGUCUGGGCACCCUGUGGCGUGCAUACAAAUUGAUAUUCAGCUCUUAUAUACAGUCAGAUUCUGGCAGUUUUUAAAUUGGAUUCCCAUUUUUUUGGACAUGUUGAAGCAGUCAUCAUGUUUGUCAUGCGUAAUUGUGCGUGAUGUUAUCACAGUGAUCCAUACAAUAACCAUCUGCCGUUAAAAACCACAAUGGUGCCAUAUGUACAAUAAAGUAUAAUUAAAAUUGCAGCGUA